GGAUUUAUAAGCUAUAAAAAACAAAAAUCGUAAUAAAGCAAAAACGCAGUACACGUUUCAACAGCGGGCACUUAAAUCAAUAAAAUGCCGGUCGUACCAGGAAUGUAUCAACAACAAGCUCCUUCAUGCUGGGAUAGGAUGAAAUUGGGUUUUAUGAUUGGAUUUUGUGUUGGCAUGGCAUCUGGUGCUCUGUUUGGGGGAUAUUCUGCCCUUAGAUAUGGAUUAAGAGGAAGGGAACUGAUAAACAACGUUGGAAAAGCAAUGAUUCAAGGAGGUGGAACAUUCGGUACAUUUAUGGCCAUAGGAACUGGAAUAAGAUGCUAG